CCCGCCCUAGCUCUAGCUCCGUUACCGUGAAUAUUUUCCUCUGUGUUGUUUUGAUCGUGAAACCGCUGUCUUAUAGACCGACUCGGUGGAUAAAAAUGCCCCUGUUUGAGGUUUUGGGGAGCGGCGGAGAGAAAACCGCGGUUGUCAUUGAUUUAGGAGCUGCAUACACAAAAUGUGGCUUUGCUGGCGAGACCGGGCCUAGGUUUAUCGUUCCGAGUGAGAUCCAGCGUCCUGGACUCCAGCAGCCCAUUAAGGUGGUGCAGUACAACAUAAACACAGAGGAGCUUUACACCAACCUGAAGGAGUUUAUUCAUACAUUGUACUUUAGGCAUUUGCUUGUGAAUCCACGUGACAGAAGAGUGGUUAUUAUUGAGUCCAUCCUCAGCCCUUCGCACUUCAGAGAAACGCUGUCCCGGGUCUUCUUUAAACACUUUGAGGUCCCAUCGGUGCUUUUUGCCCCCAGCCAUCUGAUGUCCAUCAUGACUUUAGGCCUCAACUCAGCUCUAGUGAUGGACUGUGGAUAUACAGAAACCUUGGUGUUGCCUGUUUAUGAAGGAAUUCCAAUUCUGUCUGCGUGGGAGGCCUUGCCUAUGGGAGGGAAAGCCAUUCACAAGGAGUUGGACAGUCUGCUGACAGAGCAGUGCACAGUGGCUACAGACUCGGGCACCGGCCAGAGUUUACCAACUGUUAUGGGCACCAUUCCCGAAGAAGUUAUAGAGGAUGUUAAAGUAAGGACAUGCUUUGUCAGUGACUUGCAGAGAGGCCUGAAAAUCCAGCAGGCCAAGUUCAACAUGGAUGGAACUGCAGAGAGACCCACUUCUCCACCAGAUGUUGAAUAUCCUUUAGAUGGAAUGAAGAUCCUUCACAUUAAGGGGUCAAUCAGAGACUCCGUUGCUGAAAUGUUGUUUGAACAGGACAACGAAGAAAAAUCUAUUGCUUCGCUAGUGCUUGACACUCUUGUUAAGUGCCCCAUCGACACACGUAAGGUUCUGUCUGAGAACUUGAUGAUAAUUGGUGGAACCGCCAUGCUGCCUGGCUUCCUUCACCGCCUUUUGGCUGAAAUCCGCUUACUGGCAGAAAAACCCAAAUAUCGUGAAGCACUCGCCACCAAGAGUUUUCGCAUCCACAGUCCACCGGCCAAGCCCAACUGCACUGCCUGGCUAGGAGGGGCUAUAUUUGGAGCGUUGCAGGACAUCCUGGGAAGUCGGUCUGUAUCCAGAGACUACUACAAUCAGACAGGCCGCAUUCCUGACUGGUGUAAUCUCAGUAGUCCUCCCUUGGAAUCACUGUAUGAUAUUGGAAAGACAGGCCCUCCACUCAUGAAGAGGGCUUUCUCCACUGAGAAAUAAUUCUCUCUAUAAAAUCUAAAGACUUGCAACAUCAAAGGCUCUUACCUAGACUCUAGCUUUAUCAAAAGCAGUUUUGUGUCCUGUUCGUCUGCGAUUUGGUCUGUAGCGGUUCACAAAAAAGAUGAACAGUGGAAGAACCACUAGGUGGCAGUCCGUAUCACAAAAAAAUAAAAAUAAAACCCGAGCAGAACAGUCAUGUCUCCAAAAGUUUCAGCAAGUUUAUUAGAGAAAUUCCUGAACAUAACUAAACACUCUUUAAGCUUUUUUUUUUUUAGCUUUAUACUGUACCACUGCUGUGGCAGAAAUCCAUCUGAUGUCAAGUGAGGGAAAAUAGCGAUGUUAUUAAGAAUAUUUGGGCCACUUUCUUUUUUUUUUCUCUUUCAUUCCAUGCAUUCAUAUUUGUGUUGGUGCUUUUUAAAAUCUUGCACUUCAAUAACUUCAAAGAAUCCUAAAUGUAUUUAAUUUAUUUACACAUUAGAUCCUGAAAAUCCUGUAAAAAGUAAAUGGUGUCUUAUGUAUACUAAAUAAAUGUCCCACAAUAAA